AAUAGUACUGUGAAAAAAAUGAAUUGUUAACAAGUCGAGAUUUUUCGUUAAUUUAUGUAUGUAUUGCAAUAUUCAUAGAAUAUUAAACAAUGUUGAACGUUGUAUUUGUAUGUGUACCAUAAAUGUGACUAUAGAGAAAUAAAAAAAUUGGAAAACAACAAGAAAACAAGUUGCAAAGAAAUGAACUAUAACAAGCAUUUAUGGUUAAAAAUUACAAAUGCACGAACAGCAGCUUUUACUAUGCGGCCAACUCAAAAGAAAAAGGAUAAAACCAGACCUAGGGUGAAUAGUGGUUGUGUUGCAAGUAAUACAAGAUCAAAAACCAAUAAAACUAAUAUAGGUGCAGUGAAUGUUAAAAAUAACCGUAAAAAAAGUAAGAAGAAGCUGCAAAAGAAAAAAACAUGUGUAAGAAAGUGUGUACAAGAUACAAAUCAUAUUGAUAGAAAUGGUACACAAAAUAUAGAAACCAAAAGUGAUUUAUUGGUUGUAGAAGAUGCUUGUGCUACGAAGAAAGAAAUUCCGAAAAACUCGGAAGAUGGUUCUGAAACGACUACUCCAGUGGCGGGUAUUUCCACGGAAAAAAUUUAUAAAACGGAAAAACUGAUUACAAAAACGAUAGAUGCAGCAUCAGAUAAGAAACCAAAUGUUAGGAAAAAAGAACCGUGUGGUUUUAUUUAUGACGAUUCGUAUAAAAAUCUAAAAAUCAAACAGCUGCUUAAAAUAAAAAAUAAAAAAAACGCGCUAUCUAACAGGAAGCGUUUAAAAAAUACAAAAGAUCCACCUGGCGACGUUAAUAAUCUCCAAAAUAAUUCAAAAAGCAAUGGAUUAGCAGAAGAAAUAGAAGAUUCGGUAGUGGAUAAAUUACCAAAUAUCGUUAUACAGAGAAAUUUUUCGAAAAAUGCAAGUGGCUGUGACAGUAAAAGAAGAAUUUGUAAAGUUUGGUUGACCAACCUUCCAGAUAAACAGAAUAAUAGUAAUAAUAGUAUUUCCGAAAAUUUUCCUGAUAACGAUGUGAUUGCAAACGAAAUUAAACAACCUCCAAAAAAUGACUUCGAAUCAGGCAAUUCGUCAGAUUCAGGGUUGAAAGAAGAAAAAAUUACCAACAUUAUAAAUGGCUUUAUAGAUUACACAAAUUUGUCGGACGUUGAAUCUACAACGACGUUUUCGAAUUUAUCUCCCAAUUCAAACUGUGCUUUAUGUGUCGAAGUUCCUAACGAAAAAAAUAUAAUCCAAAAAACAGACCACGGUUCCGAAACGAAUCCGUUUGUGAAAUAUCGUCUCGAAUCGUGCAAUUUUAACAUAAAAAUUACGAGAACGUUGCAGGGGGUAUCGAUGGCGUCAGCAUCAUCCCGCGUAUGUAAGAAACGCUGGACUCUUAAUCACUUUUUUAAAUUACAAACUACUAUAAUUCGGGUUACGUCGAAAGAUUCAAUUUUUUGUGAUGCAAUGUUAGAAAAAGACGAUGCGAUUAAAGAAAAUAAGGUAACCACGAAAUGCGUGUUGGAUACGGAAAAUUCACAAACGUCCGCGUCAUCAUCGCCACACAACUUCCUUCUACCCUUAUUACCUCCAUCAAAACGUCCUCCAACAAGGAGAUCGGUUACCAUUACUACUACAAAAAAUACUGAAGAUUGCAAUCAUUCGAAAACGCCUCCCCCAGAAGAUGAUGUCAUUUCAUUAUUCGCUUGUUCUGUCGUCUCCAGUCCAGAAAUGGAUCCCGAAUAUUCAGAUGAUAAUUUAGACAAAAAUGUGACCGAUAGUUCUAAAAAUAUCGAAGAGAACAUAAUUGCACCAUCUACUAAUUCAAAUUAUAAUAUUAAAGAAAUAAUUCAUUCGAAAAGUAACAGUAGCCCUGAAAAGCAUGAAAAAGAAGAACCAAUGCAUAACCGACCCCCUUUAAGAUUAAUGACGUACAAUUAUAUUCCGGACAUUUUUAGAGGAGUUUGUUAUCAUUAUUUUGCCAAAAAGAAUUGCAGACGCAAGCCCUACUGUACACGAUUGCACGGUCUUUAUCCGAACACGGAGGAGAGUAUCUUAAAUUUAUCAUACGAAGAGCUACAGAAUGUGUAUAAUUUCACUAAAGGAAAAAUAGUUUACAAAGAGACAUUUCCUUUUUUUAUAAAUGCUUACGUGAAACACAAAAAAAUACUCGACCUCGUAAGUAUCGUUAGAGACGCUGUCGACCAGGAUAUGUUCGAACGAAGCCCAUUCGUUGAAAAAAUAGUUGAAGCUAUUCAAAGCAUCGGAUACAGUUUUCAUCAGGCGAUUGAAGAAAUAAUCACGAUAUUGGGCAUAACGAAUUUAAAUAUCUGCCUGUCAGACAUUCUUAUAAAUAUAGUGGUACGAUCAAGUGCAAAUCUGGAAGUCGAUUGGCCAUUAAUAAAAAAAUUGACGAAAUAUAGAACUGACAGACUUGAUCACGGGGUCGUUGAAGACAUCAUUCGUAUAUGUGUUAAAUUCAAAAAUGUUCAGUUGUGCCUUAACACUUUCCGUGAUAUAUUGAAUACUCAAUUAGUUAACUUGGAACAGUUGAAUUUUGAAUUCCUACAAAAGUUUGUCCUCAUUUUGCGUCAAUUAAAUUUUAUCCAAGAGUCCAAAAUUUUAGCCGGGAAGGCUAAGAUUCCGUUGAAUGAUGAUGACGUUGUCAAUGAUAUGAAUGACGUCUCUUCUGAAAAAUGUUUAAAAGAGAACGAUGUUUAUCAGUUAAAAGAAAAUGUUUCAUUUAAAAGUUUCUCUGAGGGUGAACACAUGUAUGAGAAUUCUUACGAAUUCGAUGAACUGGGUGCAAACAUGUCCUAUUCAGAGGCAGAAACGAGCACGCCAAACUGCUGUGAUACGAUAGUACCUAAUAAUGGUGCACCUAGUGAAGUUAGCUGCUCAUCGAAAAAUAUUUCUGCGAAAGUAAUCUCAAGCUUGGCUAACGUUAUUAAGGAUAAGGACGUGUCGAAAUUUUUGGGUAUCCUGGAACAGUACAAAUCUGAAAAUUAUGUUGAAUCGUUUGUACUCAACGUAGUUAAAUUAUUGGAAAAAGAAGAUCUGCGCGAUGUGUAUAAAAUGAUGGCUAAACUUUUCAAUACUAUUUCAAUUGACAAAUACAAACAUCGAUUCUGGUUCGAAUCUCACGCUAGGUAUUUGAUAGAGACUUUAUCGUUUAAUGUCAUUGCACUUUUUGAUCGUACGAAAUCGUGGAAACAAGCGGCCAAUAUAAUAAAGAGGUUUUCCAACGAUUACGUCAAUUUUACGAAAGCAAAGACAUCUGGCAAUAUUAUAACGAUUUAUUGGUGGCUCUGAUGAAUAACCAGCAAUAUAACGAUAUUUUAGAUAUGUUAGACGAUAUUUUAAAGGGCUGGAAUUUAAAAAUGAAAAAAGACGUUUUUAGAGGCUUGCUUAUUAUCCUUUUACGAUUGCCUGAUGUGGAUCCUUUCAAAAUUAUGACACUGUACGUGUGCGCAAGCAAACGUGGCUUCUAUAAGCUAUACACCGGAAAUGAGAAGGAAAUUAUUCUUAAAACGGACAUGUUAUACGAAGAAAUAUAUUUAAUAUUGCAUAUGUUUUUUUGUAAAAAAGCUUCAUGUGAUUCGUUAGUUUCUGAUGAUUUGUGUUUGAAAUUGCAAUUGCCUGAAGUGGUGGACGAGAGACCGUCUUUGUUAAUUAACUCUAACGUGAGCAUAAACGAUUUUCGAAUUAAAAUAUACCGAGUGUUGGCCGCAGCAUUUUAUCAUCCCGUUUGUGUCGAGGAGACGCCCGAAAUGUUUUCCAUAACUAUUGCGAAGAAGCAAUUGGAAAUAUUAUUACGUUUUUAUAAAAA